AUGGCACUGCAAAUUCCAACAGUCACGGUCGAUGAUCUGCUUGCUUUUCACGCGCAGCACUUUCCCCACGCGUCAACGCCUGAGUAUAUUCUCUAUGGUGUAAACCACGAGCCGGAGGCGGCUGAAGAGUAUUACGACGAAGACGACGAUGGACUCGGCUACUACCCCGACGGGACCAAGCGCACCCUGACCGAAGAGCAAAUUGCUAUGUUCCGACACUCGGAAAUCCAAGCCAUCCUUCGCAAACGGCGAUUAGAGAAAGAGAAUGGCGAAUCUUCUGACUGUAAAUCUGCUGCCGAAAAGCUGUCUCCCGAUGUUGCCAGCCCAGCGCAAGAGGGUUCUUCGCAUGUGGCAGAUGAUUCGCAACAGGCUCAGUCCAAGGAGUCAGGGCAAGCAAAUAAGCAACAAUGGGCCACAACCAGUGCGAAGAGCAAAGCCAAAGCCAAAAGGAAGAGAGAUAGAUAUGCGAAGAGGAGAAAAGAGGUUAGGCUGCAGAAGGGCCUGCCGAGAAGAAGGAGCGGUCGCAAUGGUCCAGGCAGUGAUUACAGUGACGACGAGAGUGAUGAGUGGGAUCCAUGGCACCAGGCGAAUGGGCCGGAUGCGCAAAAGGACGACACCCUGGAUCUAGACUAUUGA